CGAAAGAUGGCGGGUGUUUGCGGCAAUUGCCAAAUACUUCGCCUGACUUCAACCCUAAAAGGAUGCUUUAACACCAAAUUCCUGCCUUUUAAACCAAAAUAUAUCAUACCUGCUACCUUCGUCUCUACCUUCAGUUUUCUCGGAUGUCGACGUUCGUCUGAAGAUCGUCGUUCUGGAGGCUUCAUUUGGCAACACGGAAGAUGUGUGCUGGAAGACGUCUACAAGUUUUGGAAGAUGGAAGGAUCAAGAACCUAUAGAUCCACUUCUUUUCAUUUUCAGCGAGGUGUAGAGGAACCUGGGAAGACGAAACCAGUGUCUGGAAUAAUCAAGACGAAGCUGGAAAAGAUGAAAGAAAUGAAAGAGGAUAUUUAUACAGUGCCAAAUCUGCUGUCCACCUUCAGAAUAGUGAUCACUCCAGUUCUUGGCUAUCUGAUAGUUACAGAGGAUUUUGUCAGCUCUUUAAUUUUCUUUGGUGUCGCUGGUGUCACUGACAUGCUUGAUGGAUUCAUUGCAAGAAAUUUUAAAAACCAGAAAUCAGUGCUGGGCACAGUUUUAGAUCCAUUUGCUGACAAGAUUCUGAUGUCUGUACUGACCAUAUCACUCACUGUUGUGUCUCUUCUACCAGUAACCCUGACUGCAUUGAUUCUGAGUCGAGAUGCUCUUUUGAUUGGCUAUGCUUUUUACUUGAGAUACAAGUCACUUCCAUCACCGAAAACAAUUUCCAGGUACUUUGAUUUUAACUUACCUACAGUGGAGCUUAGACCCAACUUUCUUGGCAAGGCCAACACAGUUUUACAGCUGGCUCUUGUUGGCUGUUCGCUGGCUGCUCCUGUUUUUGGAUUUGUGGAUCAUCCUCAUUUGCAAUACCUUUGGUAUACAGUGGCUUGUUCAACUGUCAUGUCUAGUAUUAGUUAUCUUAUCAACUUUAGAGGAUCUGUAAAAUAUCUUUAAUAAAUUAAUUGAACGAUUGCAGCUUCUUUGGAAAAAAAAGAUGAAAUAAAAAAGA